GUGACAUUAGUAGCACCAGGAAAUUUUAUUGCAAAUUCCCACUCUUAUCGCUUGAUUCCACAGGUCAUUAUCGAUAAAAGAGCAGGCACUGAACUUGUAAAUCAAGAUGAAAUCAAUGCUGAUUUAUUUUUUUGUGAUAUGGGCAUGAAUUUUGCAUGUUUUGAUCUUGCUUGGAAAUUAGAAAUGCCUGUUGUUGGAUUCGGUUCUUCCACACUUUUGGCCGUCACUCCAUCACUGUAUAAAUCAGAUCCUCUUCAUGGAUGUCAUGUGAACAUGGAAAAUGAAUCUUUCUAUGAUAGAUUUACUUCACGAAUGGAGAAUAUUUUAUGUUUGUUUGAUACUUUUCUUGGACUUGAGAUACCGACAGCUAUGUUGUUACUCCAUCAAGAAAUCGGUCCCGUUUUACCUGAUACUUAUCCAGGUCUAACUCCAGCUCUUGAUUCGUUUCUUAAUUCUCAUCCUCGAACAAUGUACUUUUCACUUGGAACUGUUGUAUUUACUUCUCCUCAAAACAUUGCUAUUCUUCUGAAAUCUUGUCUUGAAUUGAUUGAUCAAAAUGUUAUUGAUGGUGUGAUAUGGGCUACUGUGAGAACAAAUGUUACGGAAUUAAUCACUAAAGUAUUUUUAAGUCAUGGUGAAACUUCUAGUAGUCAUGAAUCAAUGUAUACUGCUACCCCAAUGUUAAUACUUCCAAUAAUGACUGAUCAACUUGGAAAUGCUGAAAAAUUAGAGUUGACUG